UUUACUACAUGUAGUUUGAUUCUGAAUCUGAGGACUAAUCACUGUUCGAUCACUAGUUUUCCUUGCACUUUGACUUGUGGACAGUUGUUCUACUAAAGCUACACAGAGGCUGUUCUACUAAAGCUAGCAAUGUCACUGCUAUCCCCAUUUGCGUCGCCCCCUGGCGCUGUAUCAGAUGUGAACAAGAAGAUCCUACCUCCGCCACUCUUGGAUGGCAAGGAGAACAUGGAACCGGAGAGUAGCAAGCAAAAGCGUAAAGUGACAUUCAUUACACCAGCACGGCCCGAAUCCGCAGCUUUCUCGGCAGCGCCAGGCGUAGGAAGCAAUUGUCCCAUCCCGCUGAGUAACAACAGUGCCCAGCAAACGCCGAGUCAAGACCAGCAGGAGGUUAGGUCAUGUGAUCCGUGGUCCGAGCUGCGUGAUCUUGACGACCUGGAGAGAUGGAGUGAGCGCAGCACGGUUGUAACUAAGGCCGAUCACGAAUCCUACUUGAAGUACGCCCGGGAUGUCGUCGAGGAGCUGGUGGCCAGUCUGCCCUGCUACGACGAGGAGGAGUUCCGCUGUGCCAGCGAGAUGUUCUCGGCCAAUGGCGUCAGCGAUUUCGACAUGGAUUUCCUGGACAGCGUGGGUACUGGCCAGUCUCAAGAUGCCGCGCUCGCCCGGCAGUCUCUCUAUGUCCGCUUUGAUCCCCUGGUCAAUAGGCCGUCACCACUGCCAGCAGACAGAAACCCAGGAGCUGCAUUUGACGAAGGCAUCACUAGCACAGCUAGUGGCAGUGAUCUGCUUCAACUUGACACCCCCAGGCCUACUUGCCCGGCUGUGUCUCGCUUAAAGGACUCGGCAACUCCGUUGGCAAUGCCUUCCCUCACUCCAACAGGCAAUGCUAUAUCGUUCUCACCAGUGCCCGGUGGUGUUCCACCCAGCUGUACAACACAGCAGUGUGCGGUGACUACUCCAACGGCAGACGAUGCUUCUGGCCGCGCUGCUGAUCAGAAAGCCGAUGGAGUCGCGGCCCGAGCGCUCCCGAACGCUCCGCUGAAUUUACUCGACAAUGCCACCCCGAUCCUUCAACGCACAGCCGCUUCCCAAUGCACUGAUAAUGAAGAGAGUGCAGGGAUUGCUGCAGGUGCAGAUGAAGGUUCUGCUGUCAUUGAGUUGAAGUUCACCGAGGCGGAUUUGCAGUUCAAGAUCAAGGAUGCUGUAGCGGAAGCAGUCAAUAGAGCAAAGGAGCAAAUGAGCAACGAAAGCGCCAUAUACGACCUCGAGUUGGACCGGCUUUCAUCAGAGACUGCAGCGCUCAAAACCCAGUCUGUGGAGCGAGAGGAGUUACUAAAAGAAAUGAGGCAAGCCGUUACACAAUGCCAGGCCUUUGCUGCUGAACGUACAGACCAGUCGGAUGCUGAGAUUGCUGGUGUCAUCAACGAACGCAACAAAGUUGCCGGAGUCAAUGAGCAGCUUCGGAAAGAUGUCGAAUCUCUCGACAACUCGUACCUAGAUCUCUUUUCGCGGUUUGAAAAGCUCCGGCACACGCUUAUUGCGCUACAAUCGGGUGUAGCUGACGCAGAGGAAAAAGAGAAGGCUGCCAGGACGCUGUAUGACGAGGCCGCUGUCAAAUGUCGACGUUUGAAAGAAAGCGCAGAGGAGAAGCUGACAGGUGCCAACAGCAGGAUGGAGCAGCUUCGCAAAGAUCACACGUCUGAAGUGGCUAUUCUCAACGCCAACGUGAAAAAGACCACCAUCUUGAUUGACAACCUGCAUCGGUCAGUCCGUCAGAAGGACGACGACAAGAGCAAGCUGACAGCUAUCUGUGACGACAUGAUGAAGUCAAUGGAGAGCGGUGCACGGUAAUAGUGUUCGUUCCGCAUAGCUGCGUAUAGCCACACAGCUACCGUCUUGAUCAGCAUCAGUGUGUAUUUGUUUCACCUUCUCUACUUCCUACCUAUAUAUGGGCACGGGGGAUACAUGGUAGGUAGACACCUGUGUACACUGUGAAGUUGCUGCUGCUUCUGUUGCUGACCUUGCUUUUCCGUAGUACAUCUCAAGUGCACCGCCACCGCUCGCUGCCAUAAUGCACAGGAUCUGCAUUCAACAACCUCAAUGGGCACGCUGUUGUUGUCUUGAAGUUUUCGUAAUUUUUUGUUUUUGCGAAUCUUGUCUAAAAAAUACUUCAUUCUUCUCAGUCUGCUCCCAAUUUUCACCUGCAGAACAAUGACAUAUGUGCAACAGAGCAAUAAUGUAUAUUUGCCCUUUCGCCAGGCAAGAAUGUUACCUGGCAUCCAUGCUGAAAUGCUUUCACAAAACACACAAAGUUAUCUCGUAGCAUACUAGUAGCAAGUAUAUUGACAUGACAUGAGGCUCUGGGCAUUGCUUGUUGUCUGUCUUAUUACCACUGUUAGGUAUGUCUGCAGUGUUGUAUCUCACGGAUGGGUUUUUUCAACUUUUUUGUUUCCUUCCGCUUUUUGUAACCUGAAUGUGCUACGCUAUGCUUAACCACCAAUGCAUAUUUAAAAUUAUAUCGGACUAAUCAGACCCUUAGUCAAACCCGCAUGAGCUGUUCAGGUUGUCUGAACGCUGGUCAGUGAACAUAUCACCACUCAUGACUUACAUGUAGUGCA